UCAGGCAACUGGCAAGCACGGGGUCAAUAAUCCAGAUGACAAUUUGACGGUUUUAUUAUUAUUACCUUUUAUUUACAUUUUACAGUAACCGCAACUCUAACACAAAUUGCAAAAUUAGCGUCUAAUUAAACAAAAAAGUAUUUUUCAUUUUACAUUCUUACCUAAUUUUUACUUAGUAGGUAAAUUUAUAAAGCGCUCUCGUCACCGCGAAAACAAUAUCUUCAUCUAUUUAAGAGAUUGUUUUAAUUUGCUUGGAGAAAUCCUUGUUUUGUUUUGAAUAUAUCCCAGUAAACGCAUAUUGCUCAAAGAAAUGGAUAUUCGUUUUGAUUAGACUUACAAAUUUAUUUCUGUUAUGGAAUCAGCAAUAUCGUCAGACGAUAGUGAUGAUCAAGAAAUCAAAAGUUUAAAAAGUGAAUUAAAUGAUUAUGGAUUGGAUGAAGAUAAUUUAAGUAAAGAGGAAAUGAUAGAUUUACUUAAAGCUCUUAAGUUUUCAAAGACUACUGUGCGUGAAGAACAGUCCUUAAAACUGGUAAACGAUGGUGGCAGUAAAACAGCACCAAAAGUUGUAUUGAAGAGGAGGUAUAUAAAUGUUAAAGAUAGACGGAUGCCCUGGAGUCUCUUACCUACUACAAUAACACCAGCCGAGAAAGCCAGAACUCUUGCUGCAUAUAUAAAAGUAAUGUCAAUAAAUAAUUAUCGUCAAGCGAGGCAAUCAGUCAAUUUAGCCUCUUGGCCAUUGCCUAUACAAAUUAUUGAAACAACAAGAGUACAGCCGCUCCGCUCAACCAGAAGUGGUCGCUCUGUUCCCGUUUACACAGAUUUUGAUGAUGAUUCCUCAGAUUUUGAGCAGGUGAUCACAAAGACAAAGAAAAGAAAAAUAUCAAACAAUGAUCAGAAUGAUUGUACCAAUACAAAAAAAGUGUUAAGUUUAAAACGUAAAUUUCCAAGCGAUGAAAACGUUAGGCCCAUAAAAGAAGCCAAAAUUAUUGAAAUACAUAAAUCUGAAUCAGAUAGUCAAAAUGUCUAUUCAAUUGAAGACUGAAUCAGUUUUAGGUGUAAUUUUAUGCAUGUUUGUAUGAUAUUAGAAGAUAUUAGAGAUAUUGUAUAGGCAUCUCACAUAAAAAAUAUAAUUGGUAAGUGGUAGGGGAGCGGGAAGGGAUUGACUUGAGCAUUGCAGGGACCUAUUAGAUUAAGUAUUUCUGUAGAAAGCAUCUACAGAUUUUUAUGAUCAUGAUUAGGGCCUAGAGAUGAGACAUAAUUGUCUAGUGCGAGAUGUGAUAGCCUAGUGGAUAUGACCUCUGCUUUCAAUUCGAGGGGUGUAGGUUUGAAACUUUUCCGUUAUGUGCAUUUUAAGAAAUUAAAUAUGUGUCUCAAACGAUGGUGAAGGAAAAACAUCAUGAGGCUGCAUACCUGAGAAUUUUCUAAAUUCUCAAUGUGUGUAAAAUCUGCCAAUCUGCAUUUGGCUAGCAUAGUGGACUGAGGCCUAACCCUCUCAUUCUGAGAGGAGACUCGUGCUCAAUAGUGAGCCGAUUAUGGGUUGUUAAUAAUGAUUAGGGCCGAAACAUACUGUACUAAGGGCAAUUACAUGAAUGGUAGCAUUCCGCUAGUUAAUCUGCAUGCUCAAAUCAAUCUUGAGUUCCCCUACAAAACAAUGCUAGCAAUAAUAAUAAUCAUUGUUUAUACUAUUGAUUGAAAGCUUGCGAUAAUUAAAUCAAUCAAUUUAUAUAAACUAUGUUGCAAAAAAUCUGUUUGUUUUUAACUUGUCAAGUGCCUAUUAUGAAUUAAGAGAUUUUAUCAGCAUCAAAAUUUAAUUUGGAUGUGUUUAUAUAUAAAGAUAUUUAUAUAUCAUUCUGAAAACUGAAAAUUAAGGCCACUUAAUUAUUUGAAAUGAAAAUAGAGUUAUUAAAUAUGUUUAAUAGCACAAGUAAUGUUAAAAUUGCUUAUUAUGGAACUACAUUUGAACAGCAUAAUAAAAAUUACCGAAAUUAUCGUGCCUUAAUGAAAGUAGUCUAUCAACCAUUUUAACUAGUUUUUUUUUGUAACACGGUUCUUAUAGAUAUUUUCAUUCUAUAGGGUUGUUAAUAUAAUAUGCUUGAUUUAAUUGCAAGAUAGUUAUACUAAGAUAUCACAAUUAGGGAGGCCGUUAAAACUGGCGGUUCUACAAAGUCGGCGAAAUGCCGUUGUGGACUCAUUAAUGGUUAGGCGCCUCGGGCAGUCGUACCUCAAUGAAAUAGGUUUGCGUUUCCACCAACAAAGCGUUUUGCUUAUUUAUUGCUCACUCUGUCCUUUUGGUUGGUGGAAAUACAAGUAUGUUCAAGUAUGACUCUUACGAGUUAUCCAAAUAAUUUAGGACCUAAACGAUUCGGGUAACUCGGGUACAACGGAACCCUAAAAUUUAGGGGACGGUUGUACUAGCAGAGGAAACCGGGCUUUAGAGAAGGCACCGCGUGUGUUAUACAAACCAGUCUCAUGAGCCCAAGUUAAGUGUUGAUCAUAUUAUUACAGUACGUAAAUAUUGUAAUGAAAAUCAACGGAUGAUAAUCAGUUUUGUUAAUGUAGGCAGAUUUAUAUUAUUUAAUUUUUAAUUUCGUUUCUUUUUUAUAUACAAAAUUCUGUGUGAUAUGCUCAAUAAAUACAAUUAUUUGAUUUAUGGCCUGUCCAGAAGAUUAAAAACACUCUUUUUGUUGCGGAAUAUAAAUUAACCAAUUUCUUUUAUUAGGCACAAACUGCAAAAAGUACUUUUGGCGAACCCAAUUCCCCCUUUCAUCUGUUCCGGUCAGGCUAUAAAUCCUAUAAAUAUACAAGAUUUCUGUGGUGCUGCUAUAAAAAUGAUAGACAGUUCUAAUAUAAUCAGUUAAGUGCUCAGGAUUUUAGACCAAGGUGUUGAGUAAAGAAGUAGAUAUUAAAAUAUAUUGGAACUGGAAAAUAAACGAUGAUUGAAAAAAAAAUUGAAUAUUCGUCUCGGAUCUUAUUUUAGCUAAAAAAUAUUAUUACUAAAAAGUUGGCAGCGCUUAUUAAUAAUGUGUGGUGUGCAUCCGCCAACAAAUAAGCAAAUAACAUAAUUAAAUCCUCGCCCGCGUGUUACAGCAGUGCUGGGGACUGAGGAGCGGGUGGCCGUAUGUAUUACUCAUACAUUGAAGCACAGGUCUCUUGUCGUCGUCCCGCAUCCCUGUAAUGUCUCCUGGAGGACUCGGUUAAGCGGUUUUCCUGUACAUUAUUUGUCUCUCGCACUCCUCUGUCGUCGUCCCGCAUCCCUGUAAUGCGCCCUAGAGGGCUCAGUCAAGCGGGUUGCCUGGACAUUAUUUGUCUCUCGCACUCCUCUGUCGUCGUCCCGCAUCCCUGUAAUGCGUUCUUGAGGACUCAGUUACGCGGUUGGCCUGGACAUUAUUUUUCUCUCGCACUCCUCUGUCGUCAUCCCGCGUCUCUGUAAUGCACUCUAGAGGGCUCAGCUAAGCGGUUUGGCUGCACAUUAUUUUUCUCUCGAACUCCUCUGUCGUCGUCCUGCAUCCCCCUCAUUCCAGAGCUCUCUAUUUACGACAUACUACGAUGGACGUUAUAAGAACUCAUGAUACUAUUUAAAAUAUUUAUCUAAGAAAAUGUUGAUAAAUGCAUAUUAUAGAGAACUUUACAAGUUCUCAAAGUAUACAUUUUUCAAUGUAACAUAAUGCGUAUGUAACAAAUAUUUUUAAUAGCUACUUCUACUUACAAUAGACGAAUAAUAAUAAUUAAACAAAUGACUCAAUUUUCUUUACGUUAACAUUAUUAUUCAUUAUUAUUAUUUUCAGAAGCUGUCACAAUAGUCAUCCAUUGUAUCGUAAAAUAUAAGAUAUGUUUUAUACAUUGAGUUACUGUGUACUACGUACUAGAGAAGACAUCACUAGCCCCUUGGCAAUUGGCAUUACAGGUUCAACCCUAGCUAACAUUUUACUCCGCAACUGGUGCCAGUUUUAGGCUUAAAUCAAUUGGGAGAAAGCAUACGACCAGACGCUAUGCCUGUAUUAUUAUAUUAACCUUUACUCGCAUACAUCACUUCCCAUUUACCCCUACGAAAUAUGAACAUUCAAAAUCUUCUUUAUUUCUGUUGUCCCAUCUAGAUGUAAAGUUCUUAUCAAUAUAAAUUAAUCAAGUCCAAAUAUAAGGUUGCUACCGUAAACCAUUGACAAGUUCCCUUAACUGUCCCUCGUCUCCAUCACCAGACUCCUAAUGACAGUCACAACACACCUUGAUGUAAAGUUCUCAUUGACACAAAUUAAUCAAACCCAAACACAAGGUAGCCACUGUAAACGUUGAGGAGUUUCCUUGACUGUCUUGCGUCUUCAUCACCAGAUCCCUAAUGAUCCUUUUUUUUUGAAGUCGUUUAAAAAUGAGAAAAUAAACAAAUGAAAAAUUUAAAUAAGUCAAUGUACAUCUCACAAAUAAAUCAUUGGGAUUUUAACGGUAGGCGUCCACAGAUCCGCAUCGUACGGAUUUUAUUUACCGUAAAAUUGAAAAAACCAAAAGGGUAUUUAUGACCUACUUCUUGACAUCUUGUACAUAAUACGAGUAACUCAAUGGAUUUAUAUGGUAUUGUAUUGAUUAUUUAUUAUAUAAAAUAAUUUAUUUUACAAACUAUUUAUAAUUCUUUGUUACCCGAAAUAAUUAAGUAGAUAUAUAUUUUCUUUAAUAGUUGAUGUUUGAUUUUCUUUUUAUUUUAAUUGUCACUUCGUUGUUAUUUUGCAUUGAGAGCGGUGUGUAUCUAUAUAAACGAGUAUAUUGUUGCUUUUGUAAAAAUAAAAUGUUUAUCGAUUUAUCUAAUUAAGGAAAUGAUUGAAUUCAUAUUAUCAUUUGGUGAUCACAAAAAAGGUUUUCAAAAUCUAAGAAUUACAGACAAAACACAUUUCAG